AUCAUGCAACGUGACGCAGCCAUAGUUUUGCCACUUCCUAUUAGCUUGGAGAAGAUAGCGGACGAGCGGUCAUAAAAUAUCGAUGUAUUAAUGUGAAAAUUAUUGCACACUUACUUGGGAACCUGCUGCUUUGGAGUCUCUAAGGUCCAUAUUUGGGAGGCGAAAAUGAUCCGCUUUAUCCUCAUCCAGAACCGAGCGGGAAAGACACGACUGGCCAAAUGGUACAUGCAGUUUGAUGAUGAUGAGAAACAGAAGUUGAUUGAAGAAGUGCAUGCUGUCGUUACUGUCAGAGAUGCCAAGCACACCAACUUUGUGGAGUUCAGGAACUUCAAGAUCAUUUACAGACGUUAUGCUGGUCUGUACUUCUGUAUUUGUGUUGACGUGACUGAUAAUAACUUGGCGUACCUCGAGGGAAUCCACAACUUUGUAGAGGUGCUGAAUGAGUAUUUCCACAAUGUGUGUGAGCUGGACCUUGUGUUCAACUUCUACAAGGUGUACACGGUGGUGGAUGAGAUGUUCCUGGCGGGGGAGAUCAGGGAGACCAGUCAGACAAAGGUCCUCAAGCAGCUCCUCAUGCUCCAAUCACUCGAGUAAAAAAAGAAGAAAAGAAAAAAGUCGAUAAC